GUUGAAGGAAGCCUCACAUGACCCGAGUGUUUGUUCCCGUGAUCAACAGACCCACUCGCGUCGCGUGUCAGCUGUAGUUACAUGCACUGAUGGACAUGUUGGAGCACAACUUGCACACUUCACUGAGUAAUAAACAGGAGGAAAGGAAAGUUGUACAGAUACCUGAAGCUGAUACGGGGGAUAAAGUCACUGCAGUCACCAGUGUUUCUCGACCUUCUGCUGUGCUGGAUGGCAAUUUUCACUAUCAGUUUCACGCAGAAAAUACAGGCGGACAGGUGACUUAUCGAGUGAUUCAGGUAUCAGAUGGUCUGAGUCGAGGAGCAGCGGUAAAUGUUCUGUCACCAGUCAACCUCACCGGACACCAGCAGGCUGUUACACAGACAGUAAUUCAACACCCCUUUCGGAAUGGUGGCAGCGCUGUUAGAGAGCGUACCAGAGAGGAGGCACGAUGUGCAUAUUUCCCAGAAGCCUCUGUGAGCGAGAGAACGGGCACAGCUCUGCCCGUGCAGGCUGCAGGUGACCCCUCACUCACACAAACCACAGGUCAGUUUUACGUUAUGAUGACUCCUCCGGAAAUGCUGUAUUCUGCCCCACAGAGGACUAUAGCUCCACGCACUCAUGCGUACACUGCGAAAAUGGACAGUCCACGCACCCCUAGAGACGAAAGGAGAAGAGCACAACACAAUGAAGUGGAGAGACGACGGCGAGACAAAAUCAACAACUGGAUUGUGACGCUUUCGAAGAUCAUCCCCGACUGCAGUAUGGAGAGCACCAAGACCAGCGCGAGUAAAGGUGGGAUCUUAUCGAAGGCGUGCGAUUACAUCGGUGAGCUUCAGGAACAUAACCAGCGUCUACAGGAGACAUUGAGAGACUUGGAUCGAGUACAGAUUGACCACGAUCUGCUCGGACGUCAGUUGCAGGAGCUGAAGAGCGAGAAUAUUCUUCUCCGAACACAGCUGGAGCGACACGGCAUUGAGGCCGUCCCUGAUGCUUCUGCACAAUGACUGAGGAAUUCUGGGAAAAAAGAGACAAACAGGGCAGAACAGGAGAUGAUGGAGUAUUAAGCCCUCAAGAGCUCCUCUCUCAGUGUCUGGACACUCACUGCACACGGGGUCAAAGGUCAAGACACCAUCAUUUCAUUUUCCACUAUUUAUUCGUCCUUACACACAGACUAAACUGUGACAUACACUUACACAAGCUUUUAUUUAUGUGGUUUUAUCAUCUUUUAUUAUACAAGAUUUCAUUUCGUUUUUCUUCCUCUAACUUUCUCAGUUUGUGAUGAUAGUUUUGUUGUUGUGCUUAAGUUGUUCGUUCAAUGCCUGGUUUCAUAUUCAAUCUCCCUGCCUGCUGUUUGGGGAAAGUCACGGUGGGAUGAAACAAGCCCCGAAUAAAAUGGAUUUGGAAGAAGAUCCGAAGCACCCGUACGGUCCUCUGACGCGGGAAAAUGAGCUCCGUCUGGGAGGAUUCGUUUCUUAUCUUGGAUCACCUUCAGAAGACGGUGGCUUUAGUGAACAUUUUGAGAAGCGUUGCUCAGAAUCGCAAAAUAUUCAAAGAUUUAGCCACUUUAGUUUGCUUAACACUGGACAACUCAAGAUUCUGUUUUGAUGAAGAAACAGCAAAUGUUUGUUACUUUGUGCUGGAGUUUUAUUGUUUGAAUCGAAAGACUGAAAUGCAGUCGACGUUUGGAAAUCCACAUUGACUCUUAUUUUGUUUUUUGUUAUUUCCGUUUGUUCUGUCAGUGUAUCCAGCUGAUAUGAGCUGAAUGCUGCUUGUUUUUGGAGUGUGAUAUAGUGCAGACAGAUUUACUUGAAUCACUUUUCUAAAUGCCAAUGUACUUCAAUAUACUUACAUUUUAAAAUGUACAACUACUCUACCCAUGAUGAUUUUUUUGUUAUUUACUGUGCAACAGUUUGCUGUGGUUUUAUUCACUUCAAUCUUUCAAUCAAUGAGAGUUACGGCCCGAUGCAAAGGAUCAUAUUGGAUUCUUUUUUGUGUUCCACAGACAAAUUCAGCAUGCAGGUUUAAAUGAAUGUUAUUUUUGGGAAAAUAAAAAUGCAACGAAUUAAAUGGAUAGUUCACCCAAAAAUGAAAAUUCUGUCAUCAUUUACUCACUCUUAGAUUGUUCCAAAUAUGUAUAAAUGUCUCUGUUCUGCUGAACACAAAAGACGGUAUUUAGAAAAAUGGGAUCUCAUCCUCCAUUGACUCCCAUAGUAUUUAUUUUCCCUACUAUGGCAGUAAAUUGGGGAUGAGAUCAGUUUUGUUACUGAAAAAAAAAAAUGUAUACAGGUUGGGAACAACCCGAGUCUGAGUAAAUGAUGACAGCAUUUUAAUUUUUGGGUGAACUGUCCCUUUUAGCCAGCCACACAUAUAAUAUAAAAAAAUCUUUGUCAACUUGUGUACUGAUCAGUGAGCAGUAGUGGAUUCAGUUUUUUUGCUAUCUGUUGUUUCAUUUGACUACUUUUAAAAGGUAAAUAUCACACGCAUUAAAAAUGUCUUGAUAAUG